UAUCUUAUUAACCACAGGCUAGAAGGCAAAAUAGCAUUGAUCACCGGAGCAGCAAGCGGCAUAGGCAAAGAAGCUGCCACGAAAUUCAUCGACAACGGUGCCAAGGUGGUGAUCGCCGACAUCCACCACGAGCUCGGCCACGCCACCGCCACCGAACUCGGUCCAAACGCCUCAUUCAUCUCCUGUAACGUCACCAACGAAUCCGACAUUGCCAACGCAGUCGAUUUCACCGUAUCCAAAUAUGGACAACUUGACAUCAUGUAUAACAACGCUGGGAUACCAUGUCGGACCCCACCAUCUAUAGUUGACCUCGACCUCAACACGUUCGACCGGGUCAACUCGGUCAAUGUUCGAGGCCUCCUUGCUGGAGUAAAGCACGCCUCACGGGUGAUGAUUCCCCGUGGACGUGGGUCCAUCCUAUGCACCGCAAGCGUGACCGGGGUAUUAGGCGGGUUGGCCCAACACACAUAUUCGAUAUCCAAGUUCACCGUCAUCGGGAUCGUGAAGUCGUUGGCAUCAGAGCUUUCUCAACACGGCGUUCGGAUCAAUUGCAUAUCGCCUUUCGUCAUUCCAACGGCAUUUGUGAUGGAAGAAAUGAAAGGAUACUUCCCGGAUCUUGAAGUUCACGAGAUCGCAUGUAUGGUGCGGAAUGUAGGUGAAUUCAAGGGAUCUUAUUGUGAGCCAGGAGAUGUGGCAAAUGCCGCCGUUUAUCUUGCUUCCGAUGACGCCAAAUACGUCAACGGGCAUAACCUGGUGGUUGAUGGCGGUUUUACAUCCACCAAAGCCAUCAAGUUCAGUGUACCGAAUAAAGAUCACUGAAAACAAUGGACCUUUGGUUAAACGACAUCUGACAC